AAAAGCAACAACUUUAAAGCUUGAAGAAAGAAGUUCCAAGGAAACAGGAUCCAAAGGUUCAUUUAUACAAAGCUACUCAGAAACGAAGGACCAUGAAGGCUACAGUUUGCUUGUUGCUAAUGUCUGCGUUGGGUAUGCAUGCCACCAAGCCUCAAGAUUUUGAAGGCAGAGAUGAAGGAGAAGAACAAGAAUUCAUUUACACUAACAGGUAUAAGCGCUCCAGUGACACCCAAGACAAGUGCACCUACACCUUCAUUGUCCCUCAGCAGAAGGUGACAGGUGCCAUUUGUGUCAACUCAAAAGAACCAGAGGUCGUACUUGAAAACAGGGUAAAUAAGCAAGAGAUAGAACUGCUGAACAACGAACUACUUAAGCAAAAGAGGCAAAUAGAAACCCUUCAGCAGUUGGUGGAGGUAGACGGAGGAAUUGUUAAUGAGGUAAAGCUCUUACGAAAAGAGAGCCGCAACAUGAACUCGCGGGUCACCCAGCUCUACAUGCAGCUGCUGCACGAAAUCAUCCGAAAACGGGAUAAUGCUCUAGAACUUUCUCAACUGGAAAAUAAGAUACUGAAUCAAACUGCUGACAUGUUGCAGCUUGCAAACAAAUACAAGGACUUGGAGCACAAAUAUCAACAUCUGGUAACCAUUGCCAACAACCAAUCAAUAAUUAUUGCACAGCUGGAAGAGCACUGCCAGAGAACACCGUCCAUUAAACCAAUCCCACAACCUCCACAACCACCAAACCGAGUUUACCAACCUCCUAAUUAUAACCGUAUCAUUAACCAAAUAUCUACUAAUGAAAUUCAAAGUGACCAGAAUUUAAAGGUUCUUCCGCCCACGCUCCCAACAAUGCCGCCAGUUACUAGCAUUCCAACGUCAACUGAUAAGCCAUCAGGUCCUUGGAGAGACUGCCUGCAGGCUCUGGAAGAUGGCCAUGGUACCAGUUCAAUAUACCUCGUGAAACCUGACAAUACAAACCGACUGAUGCAGGUCUGGUGUGACCAACGACAUGAUCCUGGUGGCUGGACAGUAAUUCAGAGACGUCUGGAUGGAUCUGUCAACUUUUUCAGGAACUGGGAAACUUACAAGCAAGGGUUUGGUAACAUAGAUGGAGAAUACUGGCUGGGCUUAGAAAAUAUUUACUGGUUGACCAAUCAAGGCAACUACAAAUUGCUAAUAACCCUGGAAGACUGGUCAGGCCGUAAAGUAUUUGCUGAAUAUGCCAGUUUCCGGCUGGAGCCAGAAAGUGAAUACUACAAGUUACGUCUGGGCCGAUACAAUGGUAACGCUGGAGAUUCCUUCACAUGGCACAAUGGGAAACAAUUCACUACACUGGACAGAGAUCAUGAUGUAUAUACAGGUAACUGUGCUCAUUACCAGAAAGGUGGAUGGUGGUACAACGCAUGUGCACACUCCAACCUUAAUGGCGUUUGGUACCGGGGUGGACACUACCGAAGUCGAUACCAAGACGGUGUCUACUGGGCUGAAUUCCGAGGGGGUUCAUAUUCACUGAAGAAAGUUGUCAUGAUGAUUAGGCCAAACCCCAACACAUUCCAUUGAAAGUUAUUCUUCUUGCGCCUUAAGUGUAAAGCAUCAGAUGAAAAGCAACAACAUUUGGAUGUGCUGUAUACAACACAUCUUCUCAGUAGCGAAGAAUGUAAUAUAUUGUACAUUGACAGCUAUUAACUGGAGGACUUGUAUAUUGUAUUUUUGAAGAAUUGUUCCAGAACCAAAAUGGCAAGAAACACCUCUU